AUGGAGGACUUUCCUGAAGGUCAGUCGCCUAAGCGCAAGCGCCUCUCUUACGCUUGCAACUAUUGCCGACUGAAAAAAACCCGAUGCGAUGAACAACAACCGUCCUGCCAGAAUUGCACACGAGCAGGUGUAGAGUGCAUCACCACAGAUAAACGUCGUGCCGGUGCUAUCGUUAGCUCGCGACGCCGGACUUCUGCAUUGCCAGAGGCAUCUCCAACGCUACCCAAUUCAAUCAGGUCGUCAGAGCCAGAGCCAGAGCCAGAGCCAGAAUCAGAACCGAUUCCGGUCAGCUCGUAUGUGCCGACCAGCUACGAUCAGAACCUCCUUCCCGCGGCGCCUCCUUCUUGGAAGCGGCGCUGGGUAAAGACAGAGCGUUUGCCAAUGAUGCCUCGAUUCUUAGGAUCAUCUAUGUUUGGGGCCAUGACAGGAUGGCUCGAAUUAGCAUUUUACCGUCUCAAAGCCCCCCAAGACUUUGAUAUUCCACGCAGAAUUAGCCACUAUUCAAAAAGCUGGCUUCCUGUUGGUGUUCCUAAUCUACCUCCAGCUGAAGAAGCCCAGGAAUACUGUCGCCUUUAUCGAACAACACUACAUCCUCUAUUUCCAGUUUUGAGUAAUAAAACCUUUGAAGAUGUAUCCGAACUUUUAUGCCCAUCGGUGGAUACAUUGAAUACACCAAAAGAAAAGGACCAUACUCCUUUACAGGCAUUGUCUUAUCUCAUUCUUACUGUCGGCCUAAAGACUCUGGAUGACUCAGCACACAGUAGGGAGGAACUCGCAUUUUCCUACAUAUCUUACUGCAAUACUUUGCUGGGUCGCCUGGUUGCCUGUCGGUGCCUGAUGUCCGUGCAGGCUAUACUUCUCUUUGCAAUCAUAAUUCGCAGUUGUGAUCAAAUUGCGUGGGCAUGGGAUGUACUGACUAUGGGAGUAUCUAUGGCUCAGUCACUCGGGAUCAACGAAUCGGGAUAUGGGAUGAACGACGAAGAUCAGGCCGCAUCUGAAGAUGAGGAUGAGAAACGUCAAACAUGGUGGUGCAUGUAUGUAUUUGAGAAGAUUCUGGCCCUUGAAUGCGGACACGUCUCAACAAUUUGGGACGGAGAACUGUCUGCAGUAAGCUUGACCUUGACGCGAUCAGAUUCGCAACCCUCUGAUCAGGAAACCUAUCGACUGGCAGCCGUCAGUCUAGCAAAUGUUUUGCAUGAACUCCAGGAACGGUCGGCGAGAACAUGGCAUCGAGAAGAAUGGCUUCCGCAGACCGUCGAAGAAGCCAUCCGAGAGAAAAUCACCACGGGCGGUGAUCUAGGCUUGUUACUUCAAGGCUGGAGGGACAGCCUUCCUUCAGAACUAUUACCCGGGUACAGUUCAGUAGCUAUGCAGCAACAGUCCUCGUUCCUCAUUUUCUACUAUUACUAUGCGAUCAUGCUGUCCAAGCGCAGUACUCUGGUCAUUGACCGGCAGGAAUUGCAAGACAAAGUGGAUCAGCAUGGGCGACGCAAGCCCUGGCAUUCACUGUUGUCAAAUACCGUUGCCUUGACAGUUGAAGCAGCGCGAGAAAUGAUUAAGCUUUUCGCCAGCCUGGUCGGUAACGGCCACCCAGAUUUCUUGACAACCCUGACCUCUCCACUUGUUGCGACAUACGCUUUGGCUGUACACGUUUGUCGGGAACCCAACAGCUUGAUGAGUAGGUCUGAUUAUGAGCUUAUGAAAGUAGGAAUGGAACUUACCAUCAGACACUAUCAGGGACAUUCUACGAUCGAAGAGAUCAUUCUGUUCAUGCAGUCUCUGGAACGUUACACACUGCAACGCUUGUCUCGUGCGAGAGAUAUCUACUCAUCAGCCGGCGGGCAGUCUUUCGUUUCCCCAUCAGCGAUGUUGCCAUCAGUAGCUAUGCAUGAACCUGCUCCUGAUAUGAGCCGGCUAGAUCCGUUGAGUGUCACUGCAUCAUCUGUUCCACAGGAGGAAUGGAACUCGGCCUCACUUGACUGGCUUGGGUGGGACUGGAAUGAUCUCAGUCAUCUAUUUCUACGUGGCGAAUAA